AUGGCCCUCAAAUUAGAAGCAGCCGCCAUUCUGAUCCUCACCCUCUGGCUCUACCCCACCACCCCACAAGCCCAAUGGCUCCCCCACCUGCCGCCGCCGCAUCCGCUGCCACUGCCGCUACCGCUGCCGGAUUCUCCAAGGCCACUCUGCGUAUCCCAGCUCGCAUUGGUGAACCGCGCGUGCGGACGUCUGCCGUAUGCACGAGUCCCUCCACCGUCCCCACCGUCCCCGCCGUCGCCUCCCGCCGGCGAAGGCGGCCACCACCACCACCACGCGGCGCGGAGGGAAGGGUACGUGGAGACGGCGGCGGAGGAGGAGUGCUGCCGGUGGCUGAAGGAGGUGGACACCGUGUGUGUGUGUGAUCUGCUGGUGCAUCUGCCGCCGUUUAUGACGAGGCCGGUCCACGAGUACAAGGUGGUCGUCGACGACAGCUGUGAGGUCAGCUUCGGCUGCGCCUCCAGGUUGGUCAAGUUCUGA